GAGUUUUGUAAUUGGUUGAUGAGUAAAGCAAAAUGCUACAAAAAUAUAUUUUUCCUUGUACUUUAAGUGUGGGGCAUGUAGAAAAUGUAACACCUUCAUACACUUUCAAGCCAAGCCAUAAAAGCACUCCAAAUCCUUCAUUUUUCAGAGCUAAUCUACACAUAUAAAUUAAAACCAAGCAUUCAUUCAUUCAUUAAUCAAAUCAACAACCAAUCCUUGCAGUACAGCCUACAACAGGAAAACAUGGACAAAUUCUUCUUGGUUUCCUUAUUCUGUUUGCUGAUAGCGGCUCAUGGAGUCACAGGAACCCUGACAUGUGACAACAUUGCCAUGCUUGAUGAACUUGCAAAUAUGGAUACAGAAGAAAAUGAGAUAGAGCUCUCUGACAUUCCUUCAUGGACAAGUGAGCGUGGUGGAAAGGUUCUUGUGAAUGUUGAUAGCUUUGGUGCUGCUGGAGAUGGAGAAUCUGAUGAUACUGAGGCUUUCCGAAAAGCAUGGAAUGUUUCUUGCUCUACACCAAAUUCUGUGUUCUUAGUUCCCCAAGGACGCCGCUACCUUGUCAAUGCAACAAAAUUCAUAGGGCCUUGUAAAGGCACUCUAAUCAUCCAGAUUGAUGGAACAAUAGUAGCACCAGAUGAGCCUAAGAACUGGGAUUCAAAAUUAGCACGCGUUUGGCUUGAUUUUUCAAAAUUGGAGAAAGCUGUUUUCCAAGGUGCUGGAGUUAUUGAUGGCUCAGGCAAAAAAUGGUGGGAAGCAUCUUGCAAGAAGAACAAAUCUAAUCCUUGCAAAGGUGCACCAACAGCAUUGACCAUUGAUUCAAGCUCAGGUAUAAAGGUGAAAGGACUAACUAUACAGCAUAGCCAACAGAUUCAUUUUACCAUAUCAAGGUGUAAUUCUGUUAGGAUUUAUGGUGUCAAAGUGUCAUCACCAGAUGACAGCCCAAACACCGACGGAAUUCAUAUUAGUGAAUCAACUAAUGUCAUAAUCCAAGACAGCAAAAUUGGAGCAGGUGAUGAUUGCAUAUCAAUUGUGAAUGCCAGUUCCAAUAUCAAAAUGAAAAGAAUUUUUUGUGGACCAGGACAUGGAAUUAGCAUUGGGAGCCUUGGGAAAGACAAUUCAACUGGCAUAGUGACAAAAGUGAUUUUAGAUACAGCAGUUAUUAAGGAUACUACAAAUGGUGUCAGGAUUAAGACUUGGCAGGGGGGUUCUGGGUAUGUUCGUGGAGUACGCUUUCAGAAUGUGAAGAUGGAAAAUGCCUCAAACCCCAUUAUUAUUGAUCAAUUUUACUGUGAUUCACCAACUACUUGUCAAAACCAGACAUCAGCUGUGGAGAUAAGCGAGAUCAUGUAUCAGAACAUUAGUGGGACAACAAGGAGUGCCAAGGCCAUUCAAUUUGCAUGCAGUGACACAGUUCCAUGCAGCAGCUUGGUUCUCAGCAAUGUGGACUUGGAGAAGCAAGACGGCACUGUCGAAACUUACUGUCACUCCGCUCAAGGCUUCGGCUAUGGUGUUGUGCACCCUUCUGCCGAUUGCCUCAAUUCCAGCGACAACACUUCGGAAGUUAUUACAGAACCAAUCACAGUCGAAGAGGAGGAGGAUACUCAUCACACUGAACUAUAAGUUGGCUCUCUCUAUUAUCUCUAUAGAAGCAUUAUUAUACAGUAAUGAGUAACCAUUUGAUUGCUAUUAUUAUUAUUUAUAUGAAACAAGGCAAAUGAGAAUGCAAGUAGGAAUAGUUAUGGUAUGUUGGAUGAGGUUUGAGGUGAGAGAUCAGAGAGAAAAAUCAAAGGAUGUCUUGUUGACACUAUACUAUUAGGUAUUACAUUGAAACUGAUUUCAGAAAAAAAAAAAAAAACAGAGAAAUGUACUAGCAUUGAUUGAAGAAAGAAAAAGAGACAUGUA